AUGGCCUCUUCGUUGGCCCCCUUGCUGGAGGAACUCAUUUUUGAGGUUAUGAUAUACCUCGAUAGCCCCUCCAUUAUCUGUAUGGCCCUUACUUGCCAUUCAUUCUAUGAUGUUUUCCAAUCUAAGCCUAUCCGUUACAUCUACGAACUUGGCAUGAACGAUAUUCGAGACACUGGGUCGAAUAGGCCGCCUGAUGAGCUCCUUGCUCUCCUUCAUGAUUGGCAGCGGGCAUGGGCAGAACUCGACUGGAAGAGCAUCGAGGUUGUGAAAAUUCAAAGGAAUCUAGGACCCUACAAACUCGUCGCAGGGACGUUUUCGCUGUCAGACGGUGAUGUCCUUUCCGUUACCUAUCUCCCAUCCGCAAGUCAACCUGGCCAUACCAUCUCUCUGGAUAUCGAGCCGCGCAAUUUCGCCAUCGACGCGAGCCAGGAUCUGAUCAUUCUGCUAGACACGUCAGCACACAUGUCCUCGGCUUCUGGUUUGGAAUUGGAACAAGGGACUGCUCCUCUUCGAGUAUCAUAUUAA